AUGUGCGAUCACUGUAUCGGUCUACCGGAUGAAGAGCAGCAGUCAUUGCCCAUCCAAAACACCCAUCCAGGCGCAUUUCCCAAAGAAAUCUCAUUGCCAUCUCAGGAAUGUAGCACAGGAUACAUAAAUCUCGCAUUAGGGGACCACUGCAUCCCCCCUCCACUUCCUCACUACCCUGAGGACCCAGUGGCUAAGACGGAAGCGAUCUUAGUGAAAGACUAUUGGAUUCCAGGAUUGCCCGAAAAACUAGAAAAGUUAAUGCGAAAUUGCGUCGACUGCAUUGUAGCAGAGCGCAAACAGGGAAAACAAGAAGGUUAUCUCAACGCUAUCGCGAAAGGGAUCACGCCAUUGGAUACCUUCCACAUUGACCACCUCGGUCCUUUACCAUCAACGAAGAAGAGCUAUAGACACAUUUUGGUCGUCAUUGAUGGAUUCACGAAGUUCACUUGGUUGUACGCAACAAGAUCUACGACAGCGCUCGAAGUCAUCGAUCGUCUGAGCAAGCAAGCUGCAAUUUUUGGUAAUCCUCGUAGGAUAAUAUCCGACCGCGGUACUGCGUUUACCGCCAAAGAGUUCGAAGAUUACUGCAAGAAAGAAGAGAUCGAACACAUUUUGACGACGAUGGGAAUACCCAGAGCAAACGGUCAAGUCGAGAGAGUUAAUCGGACAUUAAUUCCUCUGAUCUCUAAGUUGACAGCGCCGAAAGCAGGAGAAUGGUUCCGAUACUUAGGCCUAGCGCAGCAGUAUCUAAAUACGUCUUUUCAUCGCAGCAUAGGAUCCACGCCUUUCCAAGUGAUGCUUGGAGUACGUCCGCGUUUACGAGAAGACGUGUCACUUCGAGAGAUGGUAGAAAAAGAAUUCAUCACAUCAUUCGAAGAAGAGCGCGAUGAGAUACGAUGUCAAGCGAAAGAACGAUUGCAGAAAAUCCAAGAAGAAAACAAAAGGGGUUACAACAAAAAACGAAAGGAAGCGAGAGCGUAUAAAGAGGGAGACUUGGUCGCUAUCAAGAGGACACAGCAGGGUCCAGGGUUGAAAUUUGCAUCGAAAUUUCUCGGUCCAUACGAGAUCAGUCGUGUAUUGCGUAACGAUCGAUAUCUCGUACAAAAGGUUGGAGAACACGAAGGCCCAAAACAAACUUCAACAGCUGCCGAUCACAUGAAACCAUGGGUUGACUACGCAGAUUCGGAGGACGAUGCAAGCGACAUCGGAGAGCUACAUCCGAGGGCGGAUGAAGAGAUUCAGGACGGCCGAGUGUAG